ACAACUCUUCCUGCUGGUUGUAAGGCAUGGUUUGGAAGCAGAGAACUCUGUAGUAUCGUAGCUGCUAGAGAAAGCCACUGCCUCUGGGCUUUAGGAAGAUUUGCACAGUGUUUAAGUGAUCAUGGAUUAUGUUUUCCUUCAGGAGUGUAUUUAACAGGCAUGGAUGGUUGCAAUUUGUAGAACAUCCCUACUGUUUGAAAACUUUUUGAGCAGUUUUUCAUUGAUCAUCUCUUACAUGCGUAGUCAAUCUGUCCUCCGCUGCCUGGGGAUCCCUGAUUGCAGUCGAGGCGUAAUACUCAGGAUAAAUAAGGAUGGAUGGGAAAAGGAAAGAAAUGGACCUUCUGAGCAACAGUAUUGCUGCUUAUGCUCACAUAAAAGCUUAUCCAGAAAGGUUUGGCCUCUACUUCGUCAUCGGUGUGUGCUUCGGCCUGGUGCUCACUCUCUGCCUGUUAGUGAUUCGAAUCUCCUGCAAGCCUCAGACCAAGACUGUGGCCUCUACUCCAGAGAAAAAGCAGCUGAAGGACUUUUCUGAAGAUGAUGGAGAUGAAGACAGUGAUGAGGAGGAUGAAGAUGAGGAAGAGAUAGUGGAUGUGGAAGCUCCUAUUACCCUAAGCAGCACAGAGAUUCCAUUGGGAAUCCACCACAGCACAUUGGAUGGAAAUGUGAAUGUGUUUACCUCAGCGGAGGAGCUGGAGCGUGCCCAGCGGCUUGAGGAGAGAGAAAGGAUCAUCAGGGAGAUCUGGAGAAAUGGGCAACCAGACAUUCUAGGCACAGGAACUGGCACAACUGGACGAGUACAUUACUAUUAACACUUUGUAUUAAUAGAUGUGGUCCUAACACAAGACUUUGAAUGUGCAAUCUUUUUCUUUGGACCAAUGUAAUUCCAGUGUUACUGUCCAAAAGUCGAUUUUAGAAAACAAACAACUUUGGCAAGCACACUUAAUGCACAAAAUCAUAAAUUGGUGCUAUGUAGUAAAAUGCGACUGAAGAGAUGUUGAGAGAUAUGAUGUAGAUAUGAUGUAGAUAUGAUGCAGGCUGACUGUAUGGUGCAAUAAUGUCUUUCUGAUUUGUACAGGGAAACAAAUCGGCGAUCAUUUGCAUUCCUUUACUAGGCCAUAUAUAAGAAAUGUUUUUUUACCUUCUUUUUUAUUUACACAUUGUGCUUUUGUGUUUCUUUGUUUUAACCUUCAUUAUGUUAAGCCAUAUAAAGUGUGUAUAUAUAUUUGUUUUAUUCCAUCAAUAGAUUAACCCAUUUAAUCCCUGCGUCUGAUUGUACCAUACAUUGCGCUUUCUGACUAUUCCAUGCAGUGGUAGAUGAUGCCAGACCACGUGAAUGAGAUUGGGGACAUCUGCUGGUAAAGCAUUGAAAUGUAGUUAUAUUGUGACAAGUCUUGACAGUUGUGAGGACAGCUGUGUCAUGAAACAUUAAUUCUUUGAACAAUCAUUCCUUCAUAAAAUUGCAGAAAACUGAGUCGUAUUGUAGUUGGGUUAUUAAAAGGUGCAUAAUUACACUUCAGAUAUACAUUUGAAUGCAACCACCAUGAGACAACAAAAACAUUCUAGAACAAACCUGGGCAUUGUGGAUGGAUCACUCUUAUGUGCACGGACCAUUCUAGUUUGUUAUUACACCAUAAACCAGAUAUCUUUUGUUUCAUGGCUGGCCAAAAACAUCUGAUGAAUCACUAUUAUCACUAUCUUUUGGUGAACAAAACUGAGUCAGAUUAAUAUAGACGGUAGAGUUUUUAACAAAGCAUGGACUUUUAAGUGUUUAUUUACUGAAGUCAGAUGUAAAGUUUGUGGAGAACAGUUUAGGAUUAUUAAUUUAAAUCGUCAUUAUGGUACCAAACAAAGAGAAAAACAAGAAUUUGAAUGAUGUAAAGCGGUCACACCUGAAGCUUUGCUUGCUAAACUGCAAAAGUUUUUUUAUACAGUUUUACACAUCCAGAGCUGCAGCAGCAGAGACCAGUUUUGUGAUAUCCAGAAAGAAUAUUCAACAAAAACAAAGGACUGAAAAGCAGCAAAUGAGGUAAUUAGACUCCAAACUAAACAGCAAUAGCACUUGUGUAUAUAAAACCUGCACAUGAUUAGUGAAAUAAUGUUGUUUUUUUCUGUCUGCUUCUCAUUUUUAAUGCCUGAUUGUAACAUAUACCCAUAUUAGCUUAUCAAAAUAUUGAGCAGAAUUGAGUUCAGCCUAUUGGUCCGGCCCUCCACAACAGUCUCUGUUUCUCAUGUGCCCCCUUGGAAAAUUGCCCACCUCUGUUCUAGAAUGUACUGAAUGUUGUAGUUAUAUCCAUACUGUAACAUCACGUUUUACUACUUACCACGACUCUGUUAAAGCUUCACAAACUCAAAAUACAAUAUUGGGAUUAAAUGGGUUAAUAUUGAUAUCAGGGCUUUAACAUCAGUACUUUUUGUUACACUUUAUAGCAAAAUGAAAUUUUCAUUGAGUAAGCCUAAGCCAUUUUACAUCGCUGGUGCUGCUUUAUUAAUGGACCAUUUGAAUUACACCAUAAACCAGAUAGCUUUUGUUUUAUGGCUGGCCAAAAACAUCUGAAGAAUCAAUAUGUCUAAUUACAUCAAGUAAUUAGUAUAAGGAUUUAAUAAAUAAAUGAAUGAAUGAAUCAAUGAAUGAUUGAAUAAGGGUUUUUCCCUUAACACAUUUACUGCAAAGCAGACAUGUGACAAAAAACCUCAUAUUAAGGCUCUAAACAACAUCUCUUACCUUAAGUAAUACUGUAUCUUGUUGCUCUGGUGAAAUAAAUGAACCUCUUUUCA